AUGUCGCAGCCUCCAGCUAAACGCAGACGCGUAGAGCUUACGUUAGAGGAUAAGAUAAAGCUCAUCACGGAAUCAACUGCUCAACCAAAACCAUCUCUGAAGGCACUCGGCGAGCGCUUCAAGAUCGGGAAGUCAACGGUCGGCGACAUCUUGAAGAAAAAGAACGUCUACCAGGAGCAGUGGGAGAAAAAUGCAUCUGGCUCCAAGUUCCGUUUCGACAACGAAUGCAAGUUUGACCGACUGAACGAGCUGACGUGGGAGUGGUUUAGCCGGAAGCGGGCCCAGAACUUCCCUUUGUCUGGACCUGUGAUCCAGGAGAAAGCAAGCAGCUUCGCAAAGGAACUGGGCUUCCACGACUUCAAGGGGUCCAGCGGUUGGCUCACCUCCUGGAAGUCCCGCUACUCAGUGAAGGCGUUCAAGGUGUCCGGGGAGAGUGCUGGGGUGGACCAGCAGACAGUCAGUGACUUCAAGAGCCGGCUUCCAGACAUCAUACAGGGAUACAGCCUUGAGAACAUCUUCAAUGCCGACGAGACAGGCCUCUACUACAAGGCAUUACCUGACAAGACCCUGGCUGUGCGCGGAGACGGUGCAAAGGGAUUCAAAGUGCACAAGGAUAGGAUAACUGGAUAA